GAGAAAAGGGAUUCACAUGUGAUGCAUCAUCUGCAUGGCUGAGAGAUUCUUUCAACAAUGACAAUGGAACCAGGAAUCAGUCUCAGCAAGGCUGAUAUUGUUGAGAAUAUAUUUCUAUGUUUUGAGUCAGUGAAUGGGUCUUGCAAAAGAUCAAUCUUUCCUCCAACAAUACGAGUAUUACUUUAUCUCUUACUUGGCUCAAUGUCUGUUCUCACAGUGUGUGGCAACCUUCUUGUAAUCAUCCCCAUCAUUCACUUCAAACAGCUCCACACCCCAACCAACUACCUCAUCCUCUCUCUGGCUGUGUCAGACCUUCUCUUGGGGGUUUUAGUGAUGCCUCCCAGCAUGGUACAUUCACUGGAAAGCUGCUGGUAUUUUGGAGAUUUAUUCUGUAAAAUCUACACCAGCACUGAUGUUAUGUUGUGCACUGCAUCCAUUCUUAACUUGUGUUUUAUUUCUAUUGACCGGUAUUAUGCAGUGUGUCGCCCUCUCCUUUAUAGAACUAAAAUAACUGUUCAUGUUGUUCUGAUUAUGAUGCUGGUCAUCUGGACGGUUUCUGCCGUAGUAGGUUUUUGUAUGAUAUUUCUGGGGAUCAAUAUUUGGGGCAUUGAGGAUUUUUACUAUAAUAAUGUUGCCUGUGAGGGAGAAUGUAUUUUGUUUCAAAACAAAGUGUCGAGUACUGUGUCUUCGGUGAUCUCAUUCUACAUCCCAGGAGUAGGGAUGCUUAGCAUCUACCUAAAGAUUUUCCUUAUAGCACAGAGACAGGCACGCUCAAUUCAGGGUACAACCAAUCAGAACUCAGUAGGUAAAUCACAGAGGAAGGCCACCAAAACACUUGCUGUCAUUAUGGGGGUAUUUCUAUCAUUCUGGACACCCUUUUUUGUCGUCAACUGUAUUGAUCCUUUUAUUAGUUACUCUACACCACCAGUUUUGUUUGUAACAUUUGUAUGGAUUGGCUAUUUGAAUUCAACUAUUAAUCCCAUGGUGUAUGCAUUCUUCUACAGUUGGUUCAGGAAGGCGUUUAGAAUGAUCAUUUCUGGUCAAAUAUUUCAACCUGACUCUUCAAUAAUGCAAUUGUUUUCAGAAUAAAUAUGGCCAAAUCUAAUACUGACAAAGAAGUGUGACACAUAUGUGCCUUGCUCUCAGUCCUUUAUUCAACAAUAUCAGACACAGGUGUGUAGGUUUAAAAAAGUACAAUCCAGUUGAAUUUUGCUCUAUACUCCAACAUUUCAGAUCAAAUAUUUCAUGUGAAGUGACAGUUCAGACUGUCACAUUUUAUUUUAGGGUAUUUUUUAUACAUAUCUGUUUUACUGUUUAGAAAUGAAAGCACUUUAUGUGUCUGCAGAGUUCGUUUUUAAUUUGAUCACACUUUCUUUCUGAGAAUUUUCCUGCAUAGAAGGAAAUGCAAAAUUGUAGUGUAUUUGAGUUUUAAAAAGGCUUCUAAAGUUUCUAAUUUCCACUUAGAUUUUUUGUUAUGGCAAAUAAAAUAUCAGCCAAU